AUGAUUGAAAUGAAGUCCAAAUCGUAUGUAUGCAGGUCGGUGAUACUAACCUUCCUGCGGCGGUCAAUCUUAGAUACGUCAGCGCUAAACUUUAUCGCCAGUAACCUCGGAACCUGAGCUCCCUGCUUCGCAAGUAACGCGACGCGCAACGAAAUCCGACCGCAACUAUGCCUUUUAUCAUACCGCCAGCCUUAUCGCAUAGGUUUCCACCUCCACGAAGACCCUACUUAAAUCAUCCUUCAUCGUCCGCUCCGCGCGAAUUCCAUACCUACACCUCCCCCGAACUACGAUGACCACCCGAAGAAGAACCGAACACCUGGAAGACUUCACCGCUCACGAAUGGUGUAAAGCCCUCUUCGCCGACCCCUCGAUAACGCACAUCCACGAUCGCCGCCUGUUUGACGCCCGCGACGGCUGGAAUCUGCUCUUCACACGCGGCCUCUUCACAUCCGACGCGAUCCGCGCGUUUCUCGACUUGUGGAAACCGGGUCAUGGGAAGCGGCGGGAGGUUGUAGAACCCAACAGCAUAGUCACACACACGGAUACAACAUGGGAGGAUAUCGUGCCGCGCGACAACCCGAAAGAGGCGGCCAGACAAGCAGCGAAGGAGGAUAUACAAUACGAUCUCUCCGACCCGGAAGCAGCGGAACACAUCGUGUUAGUAUCGCUAGCACAUGAUGCCGACGGGAAUGUGGCGAGUCUACAUGGCGGCGUUACGGCGUCGCUGCUGGAUCAUUGUAUGGGCGGCCUUAUACUCAAGUACUAUGGCAUUCCGAAUGCGACGAGUGAGUUGCGGGUCAAGUAUAAGAAGAAUCUGGUAACGCCAUCUGUGGUCAAGGUUAGGGCGAAGAUCAUGAGGGAGAAGGGGAGGUAUGUUGAGGCUGUGAGCUGGGUGGAAGAUGGAGUGGGUGGAGUGUUUGCGGAGGGGUGGGGCAGUUUUGUCAAGAAUAGAGUGGUUAUGGCGAAGAUGUAGACGGUGGUGAUGGAGGCGGAAUAUAUGUGUGGAAUAUAAAAGGGAUGGGCUUCGAUGACAUACAUCGCACGAAUCUCAAAAUCAAGGCACGCACAUGUUUGGAUCUGAGGCGCAG